UGCCCCAUAUACAAUGAUCACUCUACACCACGUCCUGCUACAAAGAAAAAUAAAACUACUUAUACCACUAGCUCAAUCGAACUAACAUUACCUGAAAAUAUAUCAAAAGUGGGUCAACUUGAUCAAUUAGCUCUUGCUGAUUAUGGAAUAACAUCAUACCAAACAAACACAACAACAAACCCAAUUAGUCAAACCCCAGAACCCACUCAAAUAGAAAUUUUUCCACCCUCAAAUGUAAACAAACCCAUUUCAGAUGCACAGUUACCGAGCCAAUCUAACUGGAUACCACCUAAUCAAGACAACCCCAAAUUAUUAGCAGCCCCAGCUGACGACAUCAUCUCUAAAGACAUACAUACCUGUUAA